UUCUCCUAGCUACCGCAAUGCCACGUGCAACCACUUAUAUCCGUACAUUUGUAACAACCUAAACAUUACGAAACUUAUAUUUGAUUAAAAAAAGCCUCACGGAAUUCGACACUCAUAGACCUCCAUACAACAAAACAUUUAUCUCGCGGAUAUAUUUUAAUGAGAGUAAAGCCUCUCGCUUCGCCUCUUCCUCUGUAAGGAAACGCAUAAUUCUUCCGGAGUAGCGAAACUUUAUUUUCUAUUCAAUGCAAAUGAAGAGGAAGGUGUAGACAAUAACCAAUCGACAAGAUUCAGAUCAAACCUGGGAAAAAGCAACGCAAUAAAACCAAGAUGACUAGAAGUCAUCGUGACCACAUCAAAACAGAUUGUGAAACACAGUCAGAUGAUGUUGACUCCAGUAGAGAAGAUUCAGACAUUGGCCAAGCCCACUCUCUCAGCAGUAAUGGGUUUACUUUCAACAUCAUCCAAAUCAAAGAGGAGGAAACAGACUUUGACAUGCAUGAAACAAGUGAGGAACAUAAUGGAAUCAGAUCAAAUUGCCACUUGGAUUCUAGAGCACUCCACCAGGAUUCUAGAGCACUCCACCAGGAUUCUAGAGCACUCCACCAGGAUUCUAGAGCACCCCACCAGGAUUCUAGAGCACCCCACCAGGAUUCUAGAGCACUCCACCAGGAUUCUGGAACCAUCAAAACCAAGACUGAAACAGAUUCUGUUUACAUUAGCCAAGGAACGGUGGAAAUUAAGACUGAGCAAGAUUCUGAAAUCAGAGUGGUUAAGACAGAAACUAAAGUGUACGCCCCCUCACACAGCUGCCCCCACUGCAGUUGCAUGUUCCACACUCCACAGCAGCUACUUGUCCACACCUGCCAGGUUGCGAAUUCUGACAACAUUGUUGAUUUUUUGUUGAAGACCCCGUUUAAUUCUUUGGAGUCCACAGAAAAGGUGCGAAUUAAAACAGAGGGUCGACCUCUGCCUGAAAUCAAGUACAUAAGGAAGGAUGACAAAGUGAGGAGGGCGUUCAAUACCAACUGGUAUAAAAAGUAUCAAUGGCUAACAGGUAGUCUUUCAUCAAGCCGCUUGUAUUGCUGGCCUUGUCUGCUCUUUGGAACGUUUGAGCCUUGGGCUAAAGGGGGGUUCAGUGACCUAAAGAACAUUGACCGUUCAGCUAAACGGCAUGACGAAAGCCGGGAGCAUCUCAACUCCUAUGCGAAACUCAAGCUUUUGGGACAGCCGAGUCAUUGUGCUAAUCACUCACUCAAUGAAGGCCUGCGUAUUCAAGCUGCGCAACACAACGAAAAGGUCAGAAGAAACAGGGAUGUUCUCAAACGCCUCAUUGAUAGCAUUGCAUUCUUAGGCAUGCAAGAGUUGGCUUUUAGGGGGCACGAUGAGACGGAAAGUUCCGCUAACAAAGGCAACUUCAGGGAAUUGGCAGAGGUAAUCGCGCGGUAUGAUGCUUUACUUGCUCAGCAUAUGGAAUCUUCAACUGUGUUCACUGGAAUGUCAAGAACUAUUCAGAAUGACUUGAUAACUGCUAUCGCAUCAUCAAUUAGAAGUGAGAUUAAAAGCGAGGUUGACGCUGCUCCAUUUUUCUCAUGGCAAAUGGAUGAAACUACAGACCAUUCGCAGUUGUCUGUCAUUGUCAGGUAUGUGGAUGAUCGGGGGUGUGUCCAGGAGCGUUUCUUGGGCUACUUUGAUGUGUCAGCUGGGCGAGAUGCACAGUCUGUGUUUGAUCUAGUGAAUUCGGAGAUGUCAGAGUUUAACUUUGUGGAGAAACUAGUCGCUCAAACAUAUGAUGGCGCUGCUGUAAUGGCUUCUGAUUUAAAUGGUCUGCAAGCAAAAGUAAGAGCUGUAGCUCCGAGGGCCACCUUUGUGCAUUGCUAUGCACAUCCCCUCAACUCCGUAUUAAGCCAGAGCGUGAAGUCUAUGCCCAAGACCAAGGUUUUCUUUGCCACACUGGGUGGCUUCGCAACUUUUUUUUGUAAGUCCACCAAUAGAAUGCUGCUAGAAAAGGCCGCUUGUGCAAGUUUGCCCAAAAACGCACCAACACAUUGGAAUUUCACGUCCAGAGUCGUUAACACGGUGGCAAAAAACUUUGAGCAUCUGUUGGACACAUUCACAAGUAUCACAGAGCAUCCUAACGUGGAUGAUGACACGAUUUUUGAUGCAAAUGGGUUCAAGACACAGCUGGAAGAUUUUCAUUUUAUUUUUUUACUUCUCACUUUUGAAUAUAUAUUUGCUUGCACAGAUGUGGUUUUUGACAGUGUGCAACAGAAUGCCAUGGAUGUAGAAUUUUGUAAGAGGAGGAUUGAGAAUCUUUUACUCAAGAUAGAGGAGCACAAAUCUGAAGAAGAAUUUAGUGCUAUAUAUCAGAAGGCUUCGAACAUGACAGAUGAUCCAGAGUUGAUGCACAGAAGGAAGCGGAGGCAGGGCACUCAGGAUGUACUGCAGACGUACAAAUCACUGUACGAUUCAAUUCAUGACAACAUCAAGACACAAAUAGCACAGAGGUUCCAAAGCCUGGACAGCAGGAGAUACAUGGAGUUGUUAGAUGAUGAGAAAUUUGAGUCAUUCCGGAGUGAAUUCCCUGCAAAUGCAAUGGAAAGCCUGUCCCAGAGCUAUGGAUGUUUUUUUAACAUGGAAAAACUGAAAAAUGAGCUGCAAGUGUUCUACUGUGGUGAGGAGCUUCAAGGGAACAGUCGGAAACUGUGUGACAGAAUCUUGCAUUUCAAGGGGUGUGGAUUGAAUGAAGUGAUGCCUGAGGUGUACCGGCUCAUGUGCCUAGUUGCAACUAUAGGGGCAACGUCAGCGGGCGUGGAGAGCAGAUUCUCUCGUCUGAAGAGGCUGAAAAGCUACACAAAGAACACCAUGGGACAAGAGCGACUCAAGAACCUGGCAAUCCUAUCCAUAGAAAGGAGAAUUCUUAAAUCAUUGCAGAAGAAUCCUCACUGGUAUGAGAGGGUCAUUGACCAGUUUGCCAACCAGACUAUGAGAAGAAUGGACUUUAUAUUCAAGUGAUUGAGACCGGAUGGUGGAAACUCUCUGAACUACUGAGAGGGAGUAAAAGGUCCCAUGAUGCCAGUAAUGUAUUAAAAGCAGCGUGUAGCUCCUGUUUGUAAGCAUGUGCACAUGUCCACAUCCUCUCAUUCUUCCUCUGGAGACCUCAACCCUUCUCAUGCACUGCAGUCAGCGUUGACUAAAGCUUUCAGUGUCAUCGAAAGAUGUCAAACAAACUGACCGCUGCUGCUGCUACUAAAGAACAUUCAAACUUAAACUAUUUUGCUGAAUGCCUGUUUUCCUUUUCUAGUUUAUAUGCCUUUUGGACCCUGCACCCAAAGACUUAUUUGAACUGUUGAGUUGAGCAUGCCAAUUCUUGUUUUUGUGUUGUAUUUUAUCGUUAUUAUGGAUCCCCAUUAGCUACUCUUCCUGGAGUCCAGCAAAAUUAAGGCAGUUAUAACAUUUUUGUAGUUGAUUAACAAGGGAAAAGUGAUGUACAGAUGAUGGUUGUAUAUGCCUGACUUACUGCCAGGGGAUGACAAAAGUAACAAUGAUUGCUGUGAAUAAAGUAUGUGAAAGAG